UUUUCAACACACAAAUGUGUCAUUUCCUUUCUUCAUAUGCCCUGCUGAAAUAUUAUGUGAUAAAGCUUUGAGGUUUCAGCUGUUAAGAGAGGGAAGUGGAUAAAUCAGUGCUGCCGUCUUUGGGACACACGAAGUAUGGACCAGUGGGAUAGCUUUCUGGAUCAGCAGGAGGACACUAAGAGCUGUACAGAGUCUGUGAGGUUUGAUGCUCGCUCCAUGACAGCUUUGCUUCCUCCGAAUCCUACAAACGGCCCAACCCUUCAAGAGAAGAUGAAGUCUCUCAAAGCCGCGCUGAUCGCCCUUUACCUCCUCGUGUUUGUAGUGCUUGUUCCUAUCUUCGGAAUCACGGCAGCUCAGCUUCUGAAGUGGGAAAUGAAGAAUUGCACAUUUGGUUCAACUAGUGCAAAUGAUGUGUAUGCAAGUCUCGCAGGAAAAGGAAAUGACAGUGAAGAUGAAAUAAGAUUUCAAGAAGUCGUUACAGAACACAUGAGCAACCUGGAGAAGAGAACCCAGUAUCUUUCAGAUAACCAAGCCAAUUUCAUAGAGUCUGAGAAUUUCCAAAAUUUCAGUGUAGUGACUGAUCAAAGAUUUAAUGAUGUUUUUCUCCAGCUAAGUGCCUUGGCUUCCUUCAUCCAGGGACAUGGAAAUGCAAUAAGUGAAAUCUCCAAUUCAUUGAUAAGUCUGAACACCACAUUGCUUGAUUUGCAGCUUACUAUUGAGACACUGAAUGGCAAAGUCCAAGAGAAUGCAUUUAAACAACAAGAGGGGAUGAGCAAAUUGGAGGAGCGUGUGUACAAUGCAUCAGCAGAAAUUAUGUCUCUGAACGAAAAACAAGUGCAUUUGGAACAGGAAAUAAAAAGAGAAGUGAAACUGUUGAAUAACAUCACUAAUGAUCUCAGGCUGAAGGACUGGGAACAUUCUCAGACCCUGAAAAAUAUCACUUUAAUUCAAGGUCCUCCUGGACCUCCAGGUGAGAAAGGAGAUAGAGGUUCCAUCGGAGAAGUUGGUCCACGAGGUGUUCCAGGUCCAGUAGGUCCUCCAGGUCUCAAAGGUGAUAGAGGAUCGAUUGGCUUUCCUGGAAGUCGAGGAUUCUCAGGAACACCGGGAAGACCAGGAAAUCCUGGACAGAAAGGCCAGAAGGGGGAAAAAGGGAGUAGAAGCACGCUAAGACCAGAAUAACUCCCUGAUCAUAUUAGGGCAGGCCCCUUUUAAGAUCAGGUGAGUUGGGCGGGACACCAUGUGCUACCAUCUCAUUAAAAGGCCCUUCAUCUCUGGACAAGUCAUCAGCACAACUGACUCCAAGAUCCCUUUGUGGCUCCUCCAAACAACCUUGGCUCCCAUGUGGUGCCUGGUUUCUGCAUGGCUUCCUCGCCUGGUCCUUGGUGCUCUUGGGGCCUCUGCUUCCCUGCUCAGACUUCUCCCCACUCUCUUACCCACCCCCCCGUCAAUCCCAUCCCCUUGCCAGGACGCCUCCCGUGUUCUGACUGGCUGGCUGCUCCUACCCAUGCAGGAGCCUCUGCCGGCCACUCAGCUAGUGUCUCCUGAAUCCAACUUAACCCGUUGCGUUUUAGGAGAAAUCUCAUGGCUACUGAUUAUACGUGGGUUCUUUGUACUCAGAAACACUGGUCUCAUCCAGAGAUAGGGAUGCCACACAAGAAUCCAUUUGUUCAUUCAGUAUACAUUUAUUGUGUGCCUCCUAGAGCUGGACUUAACAGCUAAUAAGAUAGCUCUUGUCUCUGGUCUUAGGGAGAUAAUUGUCCCCACAAGACAGACAUGGAAACAAGCAAUUAGACAAUAGCAGAGCUGUGUUGGGGGAAGGACAGGGCUCCACUAGUGUUCAGAGGAGAUCAAGAUUUUUAAAUUCCUUAGAAUUUUAAGAAGGUAAACUGACUUUGAUUGACUUGGUUUACCUUCUUGUAUUCUUAUUCUCCAAAUUACAGCAUAUUUUGUUCAAGUUUCAGAGGUGAACCAGAGUUGGGGCCGUUCAUUCAACACAUUUGAGCCAAAAAAAAAAAAACCACCCAAAGCUUGUUUCUUUAAGUUACCUGGCCAUUUCAAGCAAGAAUGUUUUGAUCAUAAAUAAUAAUUCUGAAAUUUUUUUUUUAUUCUGAAAAGCUCUUUUUGCCACAUUGCUUUGUUCAAUAUCCUAGGUAAAAAAGCACAUGUGAAAAAAAAGUUUCUAAGUAUGCUAGUUGUGUAAAUAAAUAAAAACUGUCAAAACAAACAAACAAAA